UGAAACUGCAGUUCACUUACCUUAGUUGUUGAAGAUGGCAUCACGCCCAUAAGGUCAAACAGAUCAACUAAUUCAAAUUAAAACAAGAACGGGAAACAAACAGCUUUUAAAAAAUAAAAUAUUAUUAUUUCAGCAAGGGCGAGUAUGUGGAUUUGUUGAAAUACUCAAAAAACUAAAUGGUACUCGACGAGUCAGUCAGGCGCUGGCAAGUUCAAUUUUAUGGUUCCGCUAUUUUGUAAUUGGAAACUACUGUUGUUACGUGUUCAGACUUUUUGAUGAGAUUCAUCUUGUCCAGGGCAGUUCUUGGUUUUUAUUUGAUUUGUUUCGCAUUUUCGAUUUGAAGACCUCAGAUAAUCACUUCGUUCUCAAAUUCCAUGAAGUCCUAACGCAGCCGGACUGCUGUCGCCAAGUAAAUAUUCACUAUAAUCUUAGUUACAAAGUCAUUGAAUCCAGAAAUGAUGUUCCUGGUACUAUUCUUCUUGUCAGCAGUUUUGCCUGCGUUUUCCCAUGUAAACUUCACGGGGCAUAGAUUAUACGGCCUCUUUGCAAGUGAUGAGGAAGAGCUAAACCUCUUGAGAGAAUUAAACAAUCAUCCUGAGCUUGAUGUAUGGAACGACCCUGUAGCUGUUUACGAGAAAGUUAACGUCCGCGUCCCACCGACUAUCGCAAGCAAAUUAGAAGAAAAAUGGAAAAAAGAAGGAAUCGACUUUUAUGUAGUUGCAGACGAUAUUCAGAAGUGGAUUGAUGAGGAACGAGAGGAGAAUCCAGUAGAUGAUGCCCUCGCAGGCAGACAGGAAAACUUCCAGCUGGAUGUCUAUCACACAUUUGAAGCCAUAAGUGCUUACAUCGAUUCUGUUGGCAGCAGGUAUUCAUCAAUAGCCGCUGUUCAACAGAUUGGAACGACUUAUGAGGGGAACCCCAUAAAAGGUUUGAAGAUUGGUUCAGGCGGUUUCAAUAAACCCGCACUGUGGAUCGAUUCCGGUAUUCAUGCCAGAGAAUGGGUAGCACCGGCCACGUCGUUGUACAUCAUCGAGCAGCUGGUCAAAGGUUACGAUACCGAUCCACAGAUGCGGGAACUGGUGGACACCUUUGACUGGUACAUCUUUCCAGUCAUCAACGUGGACGGAUACAAGUACACAUGGACAUUUAACCGAAUGUGGAGGAAAAACCGAGUUUUGCCACGACGCUUCGGGACGAACCCUUUCUGCAGAGGUGCAGAUCCUAACAGGAAUUUCGACUCAGCAUUUGGAGGUGCAGGCACCAGUGGAGAUUCAUGCUCUGAGAUUUACCGAGGGGAAUCUGCGUUUUCUGAAGAAGAAAGCAAGGCUGUAAGAGACGGUGUGCUCAGUUUAGGGCCUAGGUUGAAGGCUUACUUCACCCUUCACUCCUAUUCGCAGUUGUGGAUGACACCUUACGGACACAGUAAAGCCACUCCUCCAGAUUACCAAGAUCAGAUGAAAGCUUUGCAAGCGGCUGCAAAUGCUAUUGCUAAUGUACACGGACAGUACUACAGACACGGGACUAUUGCCCAAACCAUAUACCCUGCAGCAGGUUCUUCAGUAGAUUGGGCUUAUGAAAGAGCUAGGAUUAAAUAUAGUUUCGCCAUAGAGUUAAGAGAUACUGGACGACAAGGCUUUUUACUAUCAAAUUCUCAAAUUAUUCCGAAUGCCGAAGAGAAUUUUGCUGGAAUCAAAGCUGUUGCCAACAUAAUUCGAAAUGAAGUAUAAUAUUUGUCAAUAAUGAAUUUCUGUUUUUAUUUAUUUAUUUAUAUGAUGAGAAUAUCAUAGAAGUGUUCUUAAGUUUGUUCUCUGCUAAAUUAUUAAAAGACGAUUCAUUUGA